GCGCUCGCGGCACUGACUGAGGGGCGGGACCGCGGCGGCGGCUGGGGAGGCACGGCCUUCCGUGAUUGGCGGAGAGCGGUGGGCCGUCACGUGGCCCGGGGCUCUUUUGUUUGCGGAAGUGGAAGGAAGUAGAAGUGCUGAGUAAGCCGAGUUCUUCCAGGAUUGCCUCACACCCAGAAUCCCCUGGAAGUCUUCCCUGAAGGAACCAAGCAGACUGAGGGGGAAGGCAGUGGGGCGUCCCCACCAGCCCCACGGAAAAUGCAGUUCUUCGGCCGCCUGGUCAACACCCUCAGUAGCGUCACCAACCUGUUCUCUAACCCGUUCCGGGUGAAGGAAGUGGUGAUGGCCGACUACACCCUGAGUGUCCGGGUUCGGGAGGAAGGUCCGCUGAUUCUGUUCCAGAAUGCUUCCAGUCGCAGCUGGGACUGCGUCCUGGUCAACCCCACGAACUCGCAGAGUGGAUUCCGACUCUUUCAGCUGGAGACAGAGGCCGACGCCCUGCUGAACUUCCAGCACUAUUCCUCCCAGUUGCCGCCCUUCUAUGAGAGCUCCAGCCACAUCCUACACACCGAGAUCCUGCAGCAGCUGACCGAUCUCAUCCGCAGCCACCCCCGCUGGUCGGUGGCCCACUUGGCAGUAGAGUUGGGGAUCCGAGAGUGCUUCCAUCACAGCCGCAUCAUCAGCUGCGCCAACAGCACAGAAAAUGAGGAGGGCUGCACACCCCUGCACCUGGCCUGCCGCAAGGGUGAUGGGGAGAUCCUGGUGGAGCUGGUGCAGUAUUGCCAUGCCCAGAUGGACGUCACCGACAACAACGGAGAGACGGCCUUCCACUACGCUGUCCAGAGUGACAAUUCCCAGGUGCUGCAGCUCCUAGGGAAGAAUGCAUCGGCCGGCUUGAACCAGUUGAAUAACCAAGGGCAGACCCCGCUGCACCUGGCCUGCCAGUUGGGGAAGCAGGAGAUGGUCCGUGUGCUGCUCCUGUACAAUGCUCGGUGUAACAUCAUGGGGCCUGGUGGCUACCCCAUCCACACAGCCAUGAAGUUCUCCCAGAAGGGGUGUGCCGAACUGAUCAUUAAUAUGGACAGCAACCAGAUCCACAGCAAAGACCCUCGCUAUGGAGCCAGCCCCCUGCACUGGGCCAAGAACGCAGAGAUGGCCCGCAUGCUGCUGAAACGAGGCUGCGAUGUGAACAGCACCAGCUCGGCGGGGAACACGGCCCUGCAUGUGGCGGUGAUGCGCAGCCGCUUGGACUGUGUCAUGGUGUUGCUGACCCAUGGGGCCAACGCCGAGGCCCGCGGGGAGCAUGGCAACACGCCGCUGCACCUGGCCAUGUCGAAAGGCAACGUGGAGAUAAUCAAGGCCCUCAUUGUGUUUGGGGCAGAGGUGGAUACCCCAAAUGACUUUGGGGAGACUCCUGCCAUCAUAGCCUCCAAGAUCAGCAAACUUGUCACCAGGAGGUCACUCUUAACUCUGCUGAGAACCGUAGGGGCCGACCACCGCCUGCCACUCCUCCCAGCAGUCCCCGCGGAGCCGGGCUGCACAGCAGCGCGUCAUUCCUUCUCCCUGGAAAGAUCUCAGCCCCCAGCAGUCAGCUUAAACAAGCUAGAGCUGCAGGACAUCACGCACAUCUCCCGGGCCCGGAAGCCAUCCUUCAUCCUGAGCUCCAUGCGGGAUGAGAAGCGGACCCACGACCACCUGCUCUGCCUGGACGGAGGGGGCGUGAAAGGCCUGGUCAUCAUCCAGCUGCUCAUCGCCAUUGAGAAGGCCUCGGGCGUCGCCAUCAAGGACCUCUUUGACUGGGUGGCAGGGACCAGCACGGGGGGCAUCCUGGCCCUGGCCGUUCUGCACAGCAAGCCCAUGGCCUACAUGCGUGGUGUGUACUUCCGCAUGAAGGAUGAGGUGUUCCGGGGCUCGCGGCCCUACGAGUCGGGGCCCCUGGAGGAGUUCCUGAAGCGGGAGUUUGGCGAGCACACCAAGAUGACGGACAUCAAGAAGCCCAAGGUAAUGCUAACAGGGACGCUGUCCGACCGGCAGCCAGCUGAGCUCCACCUCUUCCGGAAUUACGACGCUCCGGAGUGUGUACGGGAGCCUCGUUUCAGCCAGAAUAUUAACCUAAAGCCUCUGACUCAGCCCUCAGAGCAGCUGGUGUGGCGGGCAGCCCGAAGCAGUGGGGCAGCCCCCACCUACUUCCGGCCUAAUGGGCGCUUCCUGGACGGUGGGCUGCUGGCCAACAACCCCACGCUGGACGCCAUGACCGAGAUCCAUGAGUACAACCAGGACAUGGUCCGCAAGGGUCAGGGCAACAAGGUGAAGAAACUCUCCAUCGUCGUCUCUCUGGGGACAGGGAAGUCCCCGCAGGUGCCCGUGACCUGUGUGGAUGUCUUCCGUCCCAGCAACCCCUGGGAACUGGCCAAGACUGUUUUUGGGGCCAAGGAACUGGGCAAGAUGGUGGUGGACUGUUGCACGGAUGCGGAUGGGCGGGCCGUGGACCGGGCCAGGGCUUGGUGUGAGAUGGUGGGCAUCCAGUACUUCAGAUUGAACCCCCAGCUGGGUUCGGACAUCAUGCUGGAUGAGGUCAGUGACACGGUGCUGGUCAACGCCCUCUGGGAGACCGAGGUCUAUAUCUACGAGCAUCGGGAGCAGUUCCACAAGCUCAUCCAACUGCUGAUGUCACCGUAGGGCCACCAGGCCCCCCAGACCCCCAUCCAUCCACCACCACCCCACCCCGCCACCACCCAACUGCUGCUGGGAGGAGGGUGAGCCGGGCCCAGGCGGCUCUGUCCACAGACCAGCCCUCAGAGAGUGCUGGGCUUCCUGCCUGAGACUGGUCCUGAAGGCCUCUCUCCCACUCUGUCCCUGCCUUCGGGCACUUUCUGUCAUUCCAGGCUUAGAAAGCCUAGAGUCUCACUGGGGCCUUCUCCCUGACUGUCAAAGACAAUUAACUCUGGAGCUCCUUGCCCUGUCGGCUGAAACACUACGGGCACCCAGCUGUGCCUCCAGCCCCUGCCUCCCAGAGGACCCUAAGCUCUUCCUGGUCCCCUGGGGGUGCAGCCACCCCUUCCACCCUUGGCCCUCCUUCCCUGGGGGUGGGGCUAGAGAAACUGGCCUUUACCCACCCCAUCAGCAGGAGAAGCCCAUGCUCUGGGAGUGGGUUGCCCCAUUCGACUUUGCCCCUCAAUAGGUGUUCAGCCACCUGCACCCCUCAGAGCUGCCGCGCCCUGCCAGCUCGCCUCAAUUCUCAAAGGUCGCUCCUGGGACUUGAAUUAUUUUUCCCGACAGGCAAUGAUUUAUGAGUGGGGCGGGGCUGCCCCAAGCUGUGAAAUAAACGGUUUGGUUCCAGUU